AUGUGAGUGAAGUAAGAGUAUUGUUGGUACAGGAAUAAAGUCGGGUUUUGAUGCGACCCGAGACGAUCCAUCAAGUGGAUCCGAAUAUCCCUUCACCUUGGCUUUGGCUUAAACCAAGAAGCGGAACAUGUUGAGAAGAUUUGAUGAUGCUGAACAAUGUUUGGUGUGAAUCGCAUUUCGCAUCAUUUUCGAGACUGUGAACACUUUGGUGGUUUUGUUGGCUUCAGAUUCAAUUUCAAUUCUCUUCACACUUUCCAUCUUUCAUUCCCACGCUCUCUCAAACCUUCUUUCGCUCCCUCAACUACCACUCUUCGUUCCAACAACUGUUUCUCUUCUACCCCUUCUAACUCUCCCCGUCAAAUUCCCCUCCUUUUUCAUUGUUUCAGUCAACAAGAAGAUGAACGUGAAAUUCUCUCUGACGGAAUAUCUGCAGUUGCAGGUGGAGUUGUAGCGUUGGGAAAGUUUGAUGCUCUGCACAUAGGUCAUCGAGAACUUGCAAUUCAAGCAUCAAGAGCUGGACCACCAUUUCUUUUAUCAUUUGUUGGCAUGGCAAAGGUAUUGGGUUGGGAAAAUAGAGCUCCCAUAGUUGCAAAGUGCGACCGAAAGCGCAUUCUUUCAUCUUGGGUUCCUUAUUGUGGUAACAUGGUCCCAGAAGAGUUUCAGAUUGAGUUUUCAUGCGUGCGACAUCUCAGUCCACAACAAUUUGUGGAAAAGUUAUCAAAAGAGCUUAAAGUGCGUGGAGUUGUUGCAGGUGAGAACUAUCGAUUUGGAUAUAAAGCAGCUGGUGAUGCAUUAGAGCUAGUAAAGCUGUGUGAAGAAUAUGGAAUGGAAGCUUACAUAAUAAAAUCUGUUAUGGACAAGAACCAAUUCUCUACAAAUAUAAAUUCCAGUGCUAGCUCGAAAGAGAGGGGACAGGUCUCGUCUACGCGUGUCCGUGAAGCCCUUGCUGUAGGAGAUAUGACGUAUGUCUCAGAGCUUUUGGGUAGACAGCACCGUCUCGUAUUAAUGGCCACGGACCGAGAAAGGUUCAGCUUUGGUCGGUACAAGGUGUCUGCUCCUAAAUCGUGUUUAUUGAAUCUAGCACCAAAGGAAGGUUUAUAUGAGAAGUGUUCACUUUUACUUGGUCAAGAAAAUGUUAUGCUAUGUAGGGUAAUUAUUGACAGCAAGUUUGUCCAUAUAGAACCCGAUUUCGGAGGUUCGAGUGAUAUUUUUGGUACUCACAAUUUGCAGUACUUGCAUAUUGAAUUUGGUGAUUCCAACCCUUGAUUCAGUUUAGAUAAUGUUUCUAAUUAAAUUCUUAGUCUACUUAAUAAUAGACGAUUCUUAUCUGUC